AUGGCAGGUUUUUUCAACCGAUUGGGACAACUUGGUCUAGGAAUUGCCCUUACUGUUGACGGAGGACACCGUGCAGUAAUCUUCGAUAGAUUCGCUGGAAUAAAAAACCUGGUAGUAGGCGAGGGUACUCAUUUCUACAUUCCCUGGAUCCAGAAGCCAAUAAUAUUCGACAUUCGAUCUCGACCAAGGAACGUACCCGUAGUAACUGGAAGUAAGGAUCUCCAGAACGUCAAUAUCACACUUCGUAUCCUCUUCAGACCGAAACCCGACCAGUUGCCAAAAAUUUACACCAUCCUUGGCGUGGAUUACGACGAGCGUGUGUUACCUUCAAUCACCACAGAAGUUCUGAAGGCAGUCGUCGCGCAGUUUGACGCUGGUGAAUUGAUCACACAGCGAGAGUUGGUGUCGCAGAAAGUCAGCGAAGACUUGACCGAACGUGCCUCGCAAUUCGGUGUCAUUCUUGAUGACAUAUCUAUUACACACUUGACAUUCGGCAAAGAGUUCACUCAAGCCGUUGAAUUGAAACAAGUCGCCCAGCAAGAGGCUGAGAAAGCAAGAUUCUUGGUAGAGAGAGCCGAGCAACAAAAGAAAGCAGCUAUUAUCAGUGCUGAAGGUGACGCGCAAGCUGCCAGCUUAAUCGCUAAGUCUCUCACUGAAGCCGGUGACGGUCUAGUUGAGCUGAGAAGAAUCGAGGCUGCUGAAGACAUCGCUUAUCAGCUAUCACGCUCACGGCAAAUAUCCUACUUACCUUCUGGCCCUGGCAUCCUGCUCAACCUUCCUCAAUAA